AUAACCGCCUCUCGCGCUCAGAGGCGGGCGGCGGGAGGCAGGCGCACGGCUCUGCGCUCAGCCCUGGCGGCGGCGCGCGGCGGCGCCAGGCAACGGGCACGGCGGUUGGGGGGAGCCGGGCGCCGCCUUCCCGCCGCGGGAGCGACCGGGCGGCCGGGCCGCCGCCAUGUCGGGGCAAGGUGGCGGCGCGGUCCGCGGGCAGAGCCCGGCCGAGGAUGAACUACAAGAUGCAGUUUCUGCUCGUGCAGCAACACAGCAAACAGCUGAAUACUCAGAUGACUUUGAGAGUGACGAAGAUGGCAUGUUAAAUAGUACUGUGGAAGAACUUCCUGAAAGUAAUUCAGAUAUUGAAAACACUAAGAAAUCAGCUGCUUUUGAGAGUUCUCUCUCAGAUAAAGAUACUUCACGAAAAACAGCUCUUUUGGAAAAUGAAGCUGCUCGUGACUUGACUUUAUCAUUUCAUGAAGAGAAGUUUCAGCAAACAGUCAUUUUGGAAAGUGAAAACAUAUGGGAUGACAGAAAGAAUAGUGAAGAGGAAUGUUUGGAAAGUCAAAACCAAGGUGAUGACAGAAAAAAUAAUGAGGAGUGUUCAACUGCGGACAGAGUGCCACAUGAUAAUAGGGAGAGUAACCACUGUAAUGAUUUGUGUAUGCCUGAACUACAGAAAGAGAGAGAAGUGAUUAUACAGAAUCAAGAGGAGAACAAACCAAUACCAAAGCAAAGGGUGCGCAAAAUAAGAAAUGCAUCCACAUCAGCUGACAAUAUCAGCAUUCCUUCGUUAGAUGACUGUUAUAAACCAUCACCUCAACCAAGAAGUCUUUUGAGAAAAAGUGGCCCUGUGGAAGACAAUGAUCUUAAUAGGUCAGAAGAAAAAAUAACUUCCAGAAAUGAAUUGUCUUCAUUUUCAGCACCAUCAUCCCCAAGUAGUCUGAAUGCAACACCUGAGAAAAAAAUGUUUGCUGAAAGCCCUGAUCCUGAAGGUCAAUGGCUAGAAGGUACUUCACCACCACUUUCCAUUCAUUUUACUUCCCGUAAUAAAAGUUCUGGAGACUCCAAUUUACUGACGUGUGGAGAUGUGCCACCUGUAAAAGAUCAAGAUCAGAGAGAGAAUAUCAGCAUCAGUGAUUUGAAAUUGGAGGAUAAUACCAGAAAAUCCACUUCUGUGAUAGAAAAAAUGAUGACCACAGGGCAUGAGAAAACAAGGAAAUUAGUGAAGUCAACAGGUGACAGUUCAGAAAGAAAGCUGCAAACUGUGGAAGGGCAGAUAGUAACUGAUAUGAUACAGGAGGUGUCAAUGGAUGAUAAAUCUGAACAUGUGGAGGUAAAGAACACUUCAAAGGACUUUGACAAGAAACAAAGUGAAACUAAGGAGACCGUUCCACAAAAAAUGAAAGCAUCUUCAUCUGGCAGGUCUCUGUCUUUUUCCCCCUUAAAGAAGCAUGUGAAAGUUGUUCCUUCAUCUCCAGCUGUUUCACCCCAAUACUUGGGAACGUUAAAGGUGUUGGAAGAUAAGCGCUUGCAGAAGUACAGUGCAGAAACUGGCAAAGCAGACAGUUUACGAGCAGCUGUUUACCAGGACUGGUUGGAAAAGAAGACAGUCUUUCUACUGGAAUUAAAGAGAAUUAAAAAGAAACAAGAUGAAAAUCUCAGGAACGAUAUUGAAAAGAAAGAAGCUAUUAAAAGAGAGGAAGCAAUUGCAUCUUUUGAAGCCUGGAAAGCAAUGAAAGAAAGAGAAGCAAAGAAAUUAAGUGAAAAAAGGAAGCUUGAGGAACUUGAGAAAAAGAGAGUGGCAGAACAGGAUGAGGAGAAAAGAGAAGCAGCACAGAAGGCAUUCGAAAAAUGGAAAGAAAGGAAAGUGGAAUAUUUAAGAGAGCUAAGUAGAAAGGAGAAACAGUCUGAAAGAAUCAGGAAGAAAAAAGAAGAGGAAUUUGUUGCAGAAAAGAAGAGAGACAGCAUGUCUGCAGUUGAAAAAUGGAAUGAAAAAAAGGAGGAAUGUAUAAAGCAAAAGAAGGUAGAAAAAAUCCUAGAGAGAAGAAAGCAAGAAAUGCAACAGGUGAAGAAAGAAGAAAAAGAUAAAAGGGCAGUUGAAGAAUAUGAAAGAUGGCUGGAAAAGAAAGAAAGGAAAGAGCAACUUAAGAAGAAGCAAAAGAAGCUCAAGGCUGUCCUUGUGGAUGAAGUGCCUUCUCCCUGGAGCCCACCUGGCAAAGUCACAUACUCAAGAAAUUAUUGAGCAGUCUACUGUCUUCUGUGGGGAAGGUUGAUCAGCAAAGUGCUGACAAUGGAUGGUCAUUUUAUCAGUAACAGCUGAUUUUCACUGAAUCCAUAACGAGGGUUAUAUCCUUUCUUUUUAGUUUGUUUCAACUCUGGAGUUUAAAUAGAUCAGUUGUCCCUUUCCAUUACUUUCCACAAAUAUGCUGAUUUCUUUAAGUUCACAGUUUAACUUAGUUACACACCAAGAAAGGAAUGAAGUAUUCAGGAUAUGUAAGACUGGACUCUGGCAUUGUCUCCCAGUAGGUAGCAGUUUACUUAGCAGAACAGUUCUGUUUAAGUCACUGGCAGCAGACCGCUAGUCAGCACGACAGAACCUCUAUUCGGAGUGAGUGGUCAGUUGCUUAUAAUCAGGAAAAAAAGAAAGUAAGUCUUCACAUUCAAAAAAGGUUUAGAGAUUAUUUAUAAACAAUUAAAUUACGAUUAAGAGAGGAUAAACACACUAUCCAAGAAGAACAUAAAUUAAAUACAAACUAGGGAACUUUAUGUGCAAAGUGCAAGGACAGCUGAGGCCUCACUUGCUUAACAUGCAAUUUCUGAAAUGGAUGCAUUGUAUAAGCAGUUUCCAUGCUUUGCUGUACUGUAAAAAAAACAGAUGACCUGUUUGAACUGCUUCCCUUUCCUCAUCUGCACAUACAGCAACAUAAGUUCAAACCACUGCUGAGUGGGGGUAGUUGAGAGGCAAAAGUAUCUCUGGUUCUUACAUGGUAAGUAGGAAUGAAAAUGGGCUUGGAGACAAUGUGGAAGAACUGCUGAGUGAAGGGAGGGAAGACGGUGAAGGAGGUGGUGGCUGUCUUGUGGAGCCAGAAAGAAGACAAUACUUGAGCAGUAUGAUAGGAGGAUGCCAUUUACAUACCUGGUCAAGAGACUAGCUGUAGAGAACACAAUUCUUAGCUUGUUUUACACUAUGAAAUGUAAAAAUUAUUUUCAAUUAACACUGCAUGAUGCAAAAAGUCUUUCAUGCAAACAGUCAAAACAUGCAGCCACAUAAUGGCACAAGUGAAUUAAACUGGGACCCAUGUAAUGAGAAAUGGUUCAGGACUACAACUGUAGCUAUUAAUCCCUUUUCAGGUCCUCAUAUACAUGCCAUUUUUUUUCCCUGUUUCCUACAGGGAACAGCCAUUUUAGAAGCAUGUUUUGCAGUUCAUACAAAAUCUUACAUAAAAUCUGCAAGAGCAGAACAGUAUUACUCUUACGAGGCAGCCUGACACUGAAAAUCAUUUCUUCGGACUUAAGAGUUCUGUUGUGGUAGGCGAUGAAGUAAACUCCUCCCAAACAUGUUUUCAUUAUGGCUAAUGAGCUAGUUACUGUAGAAAGUUAUUAAAAUUCCUUCAGUCUUUUUUUAAUGGCUGUUUGCCUCACUACUUGGAAACAACGGCAAGGCUACAGAGCUACCACUUUGAAGUGUCUUGUCUGCCUACUGUCUAAACUCAAGCUGUGGCUUAUAUACAUAUUUCCCUAUUUGAAUUUUAAUAAUCACUUCAGAUUUGUUCCUUAAUAGGUAUUAAAAAAAAAAAUCUAUCCCUUAAAUUACAGAUGUAUUUUUUCAUAUGAGUCCACUUCCCAAGGAAGCUUUCAAGAAGUGGAGAAGAUACCCAGCCAGAGCAGCUUCAGUGACCAACCAAAGAGGAAGGGUAAAAUUACAGAUACCAGCAGGAGAGGUAGCAGAAUUACAGUACUGGCAGAAUACAACAGAACUUCUGCCAACUGAAAGUUAACCUAUCAAAAUUUUCUGAAAAAAAGAACUUGAACAAAUAUGGGCAUUAUGACCAGAGCAUGUGCAUCAUCUGUCCACUAAGCUUUUAGCACUAGAAGCCUUAAAUUCAGGUUUUGUGCAGGAAGCUAGCUGAAAUUUCAUGGGAAGAUCAACAGAUCAGGAGAAUCUGAAGCAAAGCAUGCACUAGUACAUGAAAGUUGGAAUGCCAAGUUAUCCAGCUCUUUUCUUUUGUGGACCCCAGCCAGAGCAAGUAAGGCAGGUCCCUGUGCUGACAGGCUUAUAGUUCAGACUUGCAGGUGCAAAUGAAAAUAAUGGUAGAGGUAGUGGCAGAGCUGCAGAAGCAAAGGUUUGUCACAUGCCUAUUCCUAAACUGGAUAAUGCAUCCUUAUUUUCUUGCAGCCUUUAAAGGAUAGGAUAGAAAAUUUUUGACAGAAGGCAUAAGUGGGAAGAUGCUGAUCAUGAGAUGCUGAUCAUUCAGAGUAAGAUAGCUAAAACUCACAAAUUCACACCUCCUCAGUUAGAAAAAGGAUGCUGAAGAUCUGUAGACAUGCAAAAGCAGUUGAAGCAACUGUUUCAUAAUAAAAUUUUGGGAGCUUUGUCUAAUUUUACAUUGCAAAAGCUUGGACAUGUUACAGCAUGAUGCAAGCCUUGCAUAAAAAAUAGACCUGAGAAAUACAAACAUAUGUAUAUUAACAUUAAAAAUGUACAUUUAUCCAUUUGAGUAAAUCCUGUUAAUACAUUUAAUGACGGGGGAAAUAUUUUGGUAUUUAAUAAAGUGUAUUUUAGUACAAUAGAA